AGAGAGGAGAACACAACUUCAGGAAAGAUCGACAAAAGAUGAGUAGAGCAGGGAGCAGCGGGGGUGGCCGGAGCUCCCUGGGCUACCUGUUUGAGCCGGAGGAGAUGUUCCCAAUCCACAGGAUCAAAUUAUCCAGCCAACAAGCCACUGAGAAGCCCUCGGAAGACAGUAUCGUCCUGCAGGACGACAAGGUGACUACCGGCGAUGAAGCGGAACUAGAGCCGCCGUAUAAUGCUCCUCCGAAGAGAGAAGAAGACUCGAACCCGAUAGUAUCCCACAGGCCCGCGUCGAUCAUCUACCACACCAACCAUUCAGGCAGCAACUCCGGGCUUCUGAUCACUGACCGGCCGUCGACGAGGGUGCGGUGUGCACCUGGAGGGGCGUCGUCACUUGGAUUUCUCUUCUCUUCGGAGACGAACGCAACUGACGACAAAUAAUACAGCGCGCUUUCCCCCAAUCAACAAGAGUUUAUGAUGUGCUUUUACUAAAUGAGCAAGUGAAAGGGUGAUCUAAUUUAUGUAUCUCGUCCGCUGGUGUUUGCAUGGCCGAUAUAUAUAUAUACGUGUAUAUGUUGCUUGGUCGGUAUGUAGCACAUCUAAUAUUUACAUUUCAACAUUUCAGUAUCGCGCGCAUGGAGCGUUUGCGGCAUAUUUGUUGUAAAUUAUUGUUAUUGAGAACUUAAGUUAUAUUGGGUUUAAGUUAAUUAAC